UGAUGACUUCAUGACAGAUGAAUUGUCAGUCACUUUUUGUUGUUAAUUUUUUGAAAAAAUAGAAAGAAAAUAUUUUAUUUUUUUCAAAAUCCAAAGAAAGAAAAUAUGGCUGAUGAUAGCACUGUUGAUCCACCCCCUCUUUUUGAAAACAUAAAUAUUUCCAGUGAAGAUAAGGAUAAGGACGAUCUUUUUGUAUCAGCGAGACAGGAUCCAAUAGAUGAGAGUCUUACCACAAUAACAAACGGCACUAGUGAGCCAUCAGAUAUUAUUUCAACUUUAACAAUUUCAGAUUCUAGAAGUGAAAUGGAAAAGGUUUUAUUUAGUAACAGUGAUACAGCUGAAACAGCUGAAGCUGAGAGUGGCGACGAAUUCUUGGAAAUCAGUAUAGGAGAAUCUCAAAAAGUCGGAGAUGGAAUGGGCGCCUACGUAGCCUACAGAGUCACUACCAGAACGAAUAUGCGUAUUUUCAAAAAACGAGAAUUUGCAGUCACAAGACGAUUUAGCGACUUCUUGGGGCUACACGAUAAACUUUCAGAAAAAUAUUUGAAGGUCGGCAGGAUUAUACCGCCAGCUCCGGAGAAGAGCGUUAUAGGAAUGACCAAAAUUAAAAUGGGCAGCAGUACUGAACAACAAAAUAAUGGUAGUGAAUUUGUAGAGAGGCGAAGGGCUGCUUUGGAAAGAUAUUUGAAACGGACUGCUCAACAUCCAGUUCUUAUUGUUGAUCCUGAUUUCAGGGAGUUUUUGGAAUAUGAUGUGGAAUUGCCCAAAGCUACAAGUACUUCGGCUUUGAGUAGUGCAGGCGUAAUGAGGUUAUUUAAUAAAGUAGGAGAAACUGUUAAUAAAAUAACUUAUAAAAUGGAUGAAACUGAUCCCUGGUUUGAAGAAAGACUAACACACAUUGAAGGCCUCGAAAACCAACUGAGGAAACUUCACACUAAUGUAGAAGCUAUGGUUACUUAUAGAAAAGAAUUAGCCAUCCUUACUAAUGGAGUAUCUAAAUCAGCAGCAUUAUUAAGCGCUUGUGAGGAUCAUAAUUCGUUAUCUAGGGCUCUUACACAUCUAGCAGAUACAGAGGAAAAGGUUGAAACUCUGCACCUGGAUCAAGCUAACACUGAUUUCUACAUUUUAUGCGAACUGCUUAAAGACUACAUAGGCCUUUUAGGGGCUGUUAGAGACGCUUUCCAUGAACGUACGAAACUGUUCCAGCACUGGCAACAUUCCCAACAAAUGUUGGCUAAAAAACGAGAGGCGAAGGCUAAAUUUGAAUUGCAAAAUCGUACUGAUAAGUUGGAGCAGGCUAAUUUAGAAGUUGUAGAGUGGGAAUCUAAAGUUGAAAGGGGCCAAGAAAGUUUCGAUAAAAUAUCGCAAAUGAUUAAAAAAGAAAUGGAAAGAUUUGAAAAAUCUAGAAUACAAGAUUUCAAGAUUAUGUUUAUCCAAUAUCUGGAAAAUCAUUUGGAACAUCAAGCCAAGCUCGUUAAGUACUGGGAAGCCUUUUUACCAGAAGCAAAAGCGAUUGCUUGACUAGAAGAUAUCUGCAGGGAAUAGCAACACCUACAUUCCUAUUGGCGCUUUCCGGAACUUUAACACAUUGUUUAAAAUUAUGUUUAUUUAGGUUUAAAGCUUUUAGGAUAAGUGUUUUGUCAUCUAUAACGAACAGCUUUUCUUUAUCAGAAAUUCUCAUUUCCAUAAAUUUUGUUAAUGUAAAGAUGUAUAUUUAGAAUAAAUGUGCUCUAGAAAAAAUUAUAUGGUGCGAGGCCCAAAAGUAUUGUAAUUCUGUAACUGCUUUAUUUGGCUAAUAGAAGAUUGCUUAUGGUAAUUAGCUAAAUGUUCUGAGUGAAUCAUAUUCGAUUAUAUAUAGUAUUGUAAUUCGAAUCUUCCAAGCUUUAUGCGUGUAAGUAGGUGUUUGUGAAAAAAAAAGAAAAGUUUUUGGUGAAUCUUGCAUUUUGCUCAUUGAAUAACAAUAACAUUAAUAAUUACAUGAAACAUUUUCGAUUCGUGAAUUUUUAUAUAGCGCGUUAAGAGAGUCUUGAGGUGGCUUUCCAUAGAAUGCAGUUGGACAUUUUUUGAUUAUUCACAGAUUUACACAAUAAAUAUUUUUCCGACGCUAAGCAAGUACCUAUACGAAAACUUACAUUCUAAUCCAUUAGAAUUACUGGUAAAAUCGAAUUAUUGUAAAAUUGUACAUUAGAGCUCGAGUUUUCUUUUGCAGUGUUUGAAAUAUUUGGAUAACUGAAUCAAUUUCCUUCAAGUAAUAAAUCUAUUGAUGCUUGAAAGCUAAUUAAUAAAUUUUUAUAUGUAGUCUAUUUAUAUUCAGGAAUAAUAAUAUAGUGUAAAAAAAGCAUAUAGGCUUAAUCCUGUUCAGCCAAAGUGGGUAGUCCCAUAACUAGUGUAAGGAUAAAAUAUUUUUUAUUUGAAAUAAGGGGUUUGCUCACUGCUCAAGAAAAGAAAUUAUGUAAAACAUGGUCUGUUUAAAUCCGAUAUAAUAGAACUAGGUUUGUAUCGUUUGGCAGACUAAAAGCCUGUCAAAACAGCACUACUUUUAAAGUUGAGCAGCUUUAUUGCCCAUUUUUUUACUCAUAUCUUAUAAAGCUUUGGGUAAUAAAUAUUGUUUAGGCCCUGAAAAUUAUUAUAUUCUUUAUUAUUUUUUUCAUAGUGUAUUGAUAUGAUUAAGUCCAAAUAUAAUAUGUAUUGUUGUUUUAA